AUGGUGAAGUUGCGCGAGUACUUGGAGCGCUUUCCCUACAACCUGGACAAGAUGAAUCAUUCGAUGAAGACACUGUUGCUGCACCAUGCAAUAGCUUCUGGAACCGUUGGCAAGAUCCCAUACACGAUCAGGAGAAGUCUUAUCGACAACAAGCCAAGUCUGGUCGUGGAAGUAUCACACUUCGACACCAAGCUCGGGUCCGGCGGCGCGUUGACCACCAGAGUUGCAUUGCCAUUCAACUGUACACCCCGCAACAUCGAGGUGCCAGACCGAGAGGCUCACUACGCAUUGCUCGGCCAAGCCGAUGGCACUCUCUGGCUUGGCCUCGAGUUGCCCGAAGCGAAGCAGCGUAACUUAUUCGACAUUGCCGCGUAUGUGGUGUCCCAGCUGCACCUUCGCUCAGCAAGCUAUCGCCAGAUCGGUACCAGCCUGGCCACCCUUUCUGCGACAUUCGGAGUUCCCCUUUUGUUCAGGCAUGGCGAAAACGAUGCGACUUUUGUGGACGCCGCAACUCUGGUCGAGAACUUGGCAGAAUAUGGUCAGGAGAGGAGUAUGAUGACGGCCACAGAUGCCGCGCGUGCCAUGGUCUCUAAUUUACCCCUGAUCAAGGUGCCCAAUUUACACGCAGCAUAUAUGGUGUACCAGGUCAUCGAUAGUCGCUUCAUGCACACGCAAGAUCUUUGGCUUGCUUGGGCAGAUGGCGCUAACGCUGCUGACAUGCACUUCAAGCAUUCCGAAGAAAUGGCCGAUGAUAGGGACAUCUGCUCAGAAGCUGAACAGUGCUCGCAGGUCGUUCAAACACAAGUCAGCCAGACACAUGCCGGCCUAGCACCGAGGUCUUCCUCAAUCUGGAGUCAACAAUCUGAGUUUCACAGAGUCAGAAACUUAGCGAAUACGACCAUGAACAAGGAGCACAAAUUUGUGUAUCCAGGCAAAGUACAGCCAUUAGAUAGGCGCCGAGAGAUUGAAGAGGCAUUCGACACCGUUGAAUCAUACUAUGAGGAAUCAGAUGGGGAACUCAACUGGCAGUGGAAGGACUUGUAUUUCGACACUCCUAUCACCAGGGAGAACAGUCGCCUGUCUGCGAGCGUUGAAGCAAAGUAUCCCUUGGUUGAGGUCUCCGGCAGACCACGUGAGCACAUUGCUUCAAACAUGUGCGUCACAAGACUCUACGGUAACAUCCUACUUCAAAGCAACCCGCCCAUCGGUCUGAAGGCUUUGCAUGAGCUCGACAUGGCUUCUCGGCAAGGGGAUGCGCAGACCGUCAACAAUGUUAUCGACUUCAUUGACAACUUGCAUGUCAUCCGUUCUCAAGUCCCAUGGUCAACUCAAGCUAGAUUGGACAAGACUUAUACGGUUGAAUUUCUCCGGGACUUUGCCAAUGAGUGCGAGACGGGGAUUGCAACACUGGAUGCAUGUGCGCGCAUUCAAGAUCAGGAUGCUGGGUAUCAACCUUAUCUCUGGAGGAUCAGGAUGAACAAGUCCCUCGGCAAAAGCGAGUCAACUCUUGCGAAAAUCCAUGAAGUGAAGAAAUUCAUUGAAGAUGUGCAAGACCAGGCUGGAGUUCGCUUCCCAGCCAUCAACGAAGUUCCUUACCCAUUUCGAGGUGGUCCAAAUCCAGCCGACUGGUCUUGGGCAAUGAUAUACGCCAUGUUCCAACCCAAACUGGCUGUGCUCAAGCGAAAGUGCAACAAGCGGCACAUUGCGACAUUCGAUGUGCCUAGACUCAUCUGUGUGGUCUUCUAUCUGCUCUGCCAUGGCUCGAGGGUUCAAAAGCACCAGACCCUGGAAUUACCAUGCAGCAUAUACGUCCGUCAUCUCCUGGCCUUGUCGAUUGGCAAAGAUGAUCAUGCUGCCGGCAUGACAACUGGGCUGGAAGAAGGCAACGAGAUCUCAUUGGCGAAUCUCGACAUCGAUGCUAUCAACAUCUGUGUCGAACCCUGGUGUGGAAAUGCCGCUAAAGGCAAUCGAGAAAGCGACACAGAAGCCAUGCGAGAUGAUUUCCGCGCCAACCUCAAGAAGGAGAGUCCCGGAUUCUGGUCAGAGCAGCUUCCUACUAUCAACCCCGGGGUGAAGGCACGAUACAUCACCAAUGGUACAGCGACAUCCUUCGAGUCUGAUGCCGAAAGCGGUUCAGCUGGUGCCUCAUCACCCGGCGAACGUGGUGGCGAUCUCCAGCCGCCAAUGACAAGACACCGAAACAUGCACAAUUUGAGCCAAACGUGCGACAUGUCUACAGUCUUGCAGUGCUUACACAACAACCCUGACAUUCGUGCUAUAUUGCGGGAAGAAGCUAAAUUGCUCUACAAGGCUCAGACUGGUCGGAGCGAUGCGUUCUACUUGCCAUUUGGCGAAAAUGCCGAUUACCUGGAUCCUGAACAGAUGGGAUUGAUCCGUCAGAGCCGUAUCUUCCUUCAGAAAGCACCCUACUCAGCCGCCUCAAUGCAUUGGACAGCCGUUGGAAGAACGAGCCGGAUGAGUCAGCACUUCGUGCGCGAUACCCUGGUUUCUGUCACCGAUGGCUCAGAUCCUGAAGUACGUGGCGCCACGAAACAGCUUGCCCAGGAUCAAGAAGCUACCAACAAGGCAGGUGAGCAGUUGUCCCCAAUUGGUGACGACGCUUUGAUCUACUGGGAUACCUGGAAAUCCGAAGGUAACGAGACAGACCUGACCGAUCUGUUGAUCACACAAUGCGUACAAGAGGUACCGUGCGCAGAGGCUGGCUGCUGCAUCAUCUCACGCUCUUUCGAGCACACUUUCAUCAACUACUUGGACUUCCCGGCGGACAGGACUGAUUUCAGCGUGUACGAUCUUGAUGAUCUUCUCCGAAGAUGGACCUUCGAGACGCUCGAUAUCGAUUCAGGACACAAAUGUGAAUUUGACAACGCACAUGCCACUGGUCACUUCGUGUAUCGGCGCAUGGUCCGACCCGCGAAAUAUGUUUGCUUCAGUAUUCGUCGUGGUGGAUAUGGAAAUGAUCUGGAUGUCGGAGCUGAUCAUCACCUCAACGAAGUUGACAUGCCAGAUGAGAUUGAUCUAGCGCCCUACAUGGAGCUGAAGGACCUUCCGUCGGAGCUGUUGAGUCAAGCUCAACAAGACGAUUCCGACGAGAAGACCAUACUGUAUGAUCUCGUUGCCGUGAACAAUUGGCAUGCCGGUCAUUACAUCUGCUACAUUCGCCACACGUCGGCUCAGCCGAAUGCAUCCUGGAUCAUGUUCAACGACCUUCGAGCCAUACCCGUUGUUAAGCCACCCUCUUUGGGCUGGUCACAGGGUGAGGUCGUGCACUAUGCUAUCUAUCAGAAGCGAGCCAGCACUCUUCCGACUCCGGAUGGCCAAGCACAGCGUACAGGUGGCGCAAGGAAUCCUGACGCACCACCUGUAAGCCCCGAAACAUUGAAGAAGCGUCGGCAGCGAGCCGAUACAGUCACUGGACAGGGUCUAAACGUUAACCCACGAGGCGAUGAUGUCGAUGAUGUCGCAACUCAGAAGAAGAUGAAGGACCUUGAAGCUCGCCUGUCUGCCUUGGCAGUCAAGGAGCAGGAGGCAGAGCAGAAGAUGGUGCUACAGCAGCAGAAGGAGAAAGAGCUUGCUGCUCGAGAGCAGGGAAUGGCUGCGACAAACCGGCAGCUCGCUGACCUGGAGUGGCACAUGCAGGACAAGCACACCGACGCUCAGAAUUACAAGGCUGAGAUUCGCAGAGUUACCGACCACUUGCACCAGCAAGAGACAUACUUCGGUCAUCAACUUGCGGCGGUCGGGAACCAGCGUCAAGCCAUCAUGAGCCAGAUCCAUGGACUGCAGCAACAGCUACCAGCCCUUGAUGGCCAAACCCAACAGCAUGAGGAUGGACUUCAGCAGGUUAGAGACUGGGCUAAGGCUGAGACUUUCCGUCUGACGGGCCUGCUCGUUGCUCUUCUGGCCGAUUGA